AAACACUAUCAGAGGAAGUGAGCUUUGACCAAACCUUGCUUCUGGCUCACAAAAGCUCUGGGCUUCUGGCAAUAAAAAGCUCGCAAAACAUCAGCAUGUAGGACAGAGCGUUCCAGCCUGAACAGAGGUGCUCUGUCAGCUAUGGCAUCGUCUGACACUGAAGGGAAAAGAGUGGCCGUGAUCGGUGGUGGUUUGGUUGGAGCACUGAAUGCCUGCUUUCUUGCAAAGAGAAAUUUCCAGGUUGAUGUGUACGAAGCUAGGGAAGAUAUUCGGGUGGCUAAAUUUACACGUGGAAGAAGCAUUAACUUGGCCCUUUCUUAUAGAGGACGACAGGCCUUGAAAGCCAUUGGUCUAGAAGAUCAAAUCGUUUCCAAAGGCGUGCCCAUGAAAGCCAGAAUGAUCCACUCUCUUUCGGGGAAGAAGUCUGCAAUUCCCUAUGGGAACAAGUCACAGUAUAUCCUUUCGAUAAGCAGAGAAAAGUUAAACAAGGAUCUACUGACUGCCGUGGAGUCCCACCCCAAUGCGAAGGUGCACUUUGGCCACAAGCUGUUGAAAUGCAUUCCAGAGGAAGGGGUACUCACCCUGCUUGGACCUGACAAAGUUCCCCAAGAUGUCACGUGUGACCUCAUUGUGGGAUGUGAUGGAGCCCACUCAACUGUCAGAGCCCACCUCAUGAAGAAGCCCCGCUUUGACUACAGCCAGCAAUAUAUCCCCCAUGGGUACAUGGAGUUGACAAUUCCGCCUAAGAAUGGGGAGUAUGCCAUGGAACCUAACUAUCUUCACAUUUGGCCUAGAAACGCCUUUAUGAUGAUCGCCCUUCCGAACAUGGACAAAUCUUUCACAUGCACCUUGUUCAUGUCCUUUGAGGAGUUUGAAAAACUUCCGACGCAUAGGGAUGUGCUGGACUUCUUCCAGAAGAACUUUCCAGAUGCUAUCCCUCUGAUGGGAGAGCAAGCCCUCAUGAGAGAUUUCUUUCUGUUGCCUGCCCAGCCCAUGAUAUCAGUUAAGUGUUCUCCCUUCCACCUGAAGUCACACUGUGUGCUGAUGGGAGAUGCAGCCCAUGCCAUUGUCCCAUUUUUUGGGCAAGGAAUGAAUGCGGGCUUUGAAGACUGCUUGGUAUUUGAUGAGUUAAUGGACAAAUUCAAUAAUGAUCUUAGUAUGUGCCUUCCUGAAUUCUCAAGAUUUAGGAUUCCGGAUGACCAUGCAAUUUCAGACCUGUCUAUGUACAAUUACAUAGAGAUGCGAGCACAUGUCAACUCUAGAUGGUUCCUGUUUCAAAGGCUCCUGGAUAAAUGUCUUCAUGCAGUUAUGCCGUCUACCUUCAUUCCUCUCUAUACCAUGGUCGCCUUCACCAGAAUAAGAUACCACAAGGCGGUGCUGCGCUGGCAUUGGCAAAAAAAGGUAAUAAAUAGAGGACUCUUUAUCCUUGGGUCCCUGAUAGCCGUUGGAAGCGCUUACAUAUUUGUGCACCAUCUGCCCCCGAGGCUUCUGGAGUUCUUGAGAAGACCUGCCUGGAUUGGAACCAUUGGCUACUGGAAUAGGAGCACAGACAUUUCUCCGCAAGUUCCAUGGAGUUACUAGGACAGAUUUCCCAGUUCAGUAACCAUGGUGUCAAAGGUCUGGGAAGCAAAUGUUUGAUUCCUCUUCAAUAUCAAGGGGGAAAAGCAUGUUUCCAUUGGCAUAUCCAAUUCACUACUGGAAUCUAAUUGUCAGCAUAGAAUUGAGAUUGGUGUGGGGUUUGGGUAUUUGUUAGUUGAGCAAGGGAAGAGGGCUGUUUUUACAGUGUCUCUCAGUUUGCAUGCUUGGGCUGGGUCACUUUAAAUUUAAAAAUGCAAUAACCAACAUCUCUUUCACUUCCCAAAAGACAAUUUUUUUCCAGUAGAGGACAAAAUAGGAUCAACAACACUCACGACUGAAUACCACCACUGCUUGCCUAGUGCUACUUCCUCUUUAUAGCAAUAGAUGGGGCUUGCGGUUCAUAGUCACUAGCUAAAAAGUAGAGGUGGGAAUGAGAGACAGGGUGUUCCAACAAGUUCCAGCAUAAAUCUGUUUUAUUUCUCAGUUCCCAGGCCUCAGAAUUAUUACUCUUUUGAAGAGAAGGAAAGGGCCAUUAAUGACAUCUUAAAUGAAGGAUAAGAAAGGGUCAUUGUAGUAAUAAAUUUAUACCAUACCAGAGGGAGAGGAGAUGGGAAGGUGUUUUCCAGAAGCAUGGAGACACAGUUUAUUCCAUUUCAGACAUACAGAAGUGAUUCCUUGACUGUCCCACAGACAGAAGUGGAAGUUAACUUCAUCACUAGAGCACACAGACACCCUUUCUGCUUCUUUUUUUUUUAGUAGGCUGGCUGACUGGGACAGUUAGAAAUUCUUUUCAUUGUCAAUUUUGAGAGCUACAAUAAUAGUCAUCUAGGAAAUCAAAAACCGAGGAAAUAUAGAUAAAACAAACGAGCAUGUUCCAUAAUGUCAAAGACAUUCUUGAGCCUUAACAACCUAUGUUUGAGCCGGGCAGUGGUGGUGCACGCCUUUAGUCCCAGCAUUUGGGAGGCAGAGGCAGGUGAUUUCUGUUCGAGGCCAGCCUGGUCUACAGAGUGAGUUCCAGGGCAGACAGGGCUAUACAGAGAAACCCUGUUUUAAAAGAAAACAAAAACAAAAUUUAAAAAACAAGAAAAACCCAAACCAAAACAAACAAAACCAUCUAUGUUUGAUGUGUUGGGAAAGAAAAAUCAUUGUUUUCCUGGUAGGGGAUGUAGCUCAGUGGGAGACUGCUUAUGUAACACCCAUAGGGCCCUGGAUUAAAUUCACCAGCAUUGCAAAAAUAAACAGAAUAACUGUUUCUAUUA